CGCGUAUGACGUCCGCCAGUUUGUGUUAACCUCCAAUACUUCUGUUGUGUUGUGAUCGUUUGUUGUUGUGAUUGUUUAUGCCUUGGAGCGCAAACCAGCAGCCCUCGCUCGAAGUGCAUGCGGCAGACGGUUAGAAUGUGAGUGGGCGAGUGCGCGACGCGAUGGUGAUGUGGUAGCAUGUCGCGCGUUGCGGGACCGAACAUGGCCCGGCCCGACGCACUCUGCAGCCAGUCGCUGCUGGAGGCCGGCGAGCGUCCACUGGAGCGCCCGCUCGGCGACCCCGGCGACGUGAAGACGCAAUUCGCGACGCGCGAGGGUGUCUACCGGCUGAUGACGCUCAGCGAGUACUCACGCCCGAACCGCGUCGGCUACCAACCCCAAGGGCAGACGCCCCCACAGGUCUGCGUGUCGCUGGUAUCACUACCCGAGCAAGGCGAACGCAUCUGCUUCAAUCACGGUCGCGAGAUCUACGUGUACGUCUACAAAGGCACGAAAAAAGCAGAUCUGAGUAAACCCUUAGAGAAAAAGGGCUACAAGGGCACCAACCCAACAUGUCAUGACUUCAAUGUGGCCUCUGCAACUGGUGAGAGUGUAAGUCUCUUGAUAGGCUUCAGCACAGGGCAAAUCCAAUUGAUUGAUCCUGUCAAAAAAGAAUUGAGUAAAUUAUUCAAUGAAGAGCGACUCAUUGAUAAGAGUCGAGUGACUUGCCUGAGGUGGAUCCCAGGCAGCAAGUCACUCUUCCUGGCAGCGCAUAGUUCCGGGCAGCUGUAUGUAUACAAUGAAGAAUUACCCUGUGGAUCAGCCGGUCCACACUAUCAAACAUUCAAGGCAGGCGAAGGUUUCGUCGUCUCCACAUGCAAAACAAAAUCAACACGAAAUCCUUUGUUUCGAUGGCUGUUGGGCACUGGGGCGGCCAUCAACGAGAUUGCAUUCAGUCCGUCGGGGGCACAACUUGCCAUAGUGACCCAGGACGGCAUGCUCCGUGUGUUCCAAUACGACAGCAUGGAGUUAAUCGGCACGGCGCGUUCCUAUUUCGGUGGAUUGUUGUGUGUCGCAUGGUCUGGCGAUGGGCGACUCAUAGCCGUCGGCGGUGAAGAUGAUCUUGUCACCAUCUGGUCGCUGGAACACAAGCGGGUGAUUGCGCGGGCGCAGGGUCAUCGUUCCUGGGUGGCGGCCGUCGCCUUCGACUGGUUCCUCGAGGGCGAAUCCUAUUAUCGCAUUGGUUCCGUCGGGCAUGAUACACAGCUGUGCCUUUGGGAGCUGCCCGAAGAUUGUCUCUCGCCGCCGAAGCCGAAGAUCAAACGGCAGGCGGAUCCCUUACAAUUGGUGGGCACCCCGGGCUGCCCGCGUCUCAACGAGUGCCAUAAUCUCGAGCCGCUCAUCUGCAAGAAGAUCGCGCAUGAACGACUCACGGCGCUGAUCUUUCAGCCGGAUUGUGUGGUCACCGCCUGCCAGGAGGGCUGUGUGUACACCUGGGCACGUCCGCACACGUAGUUUCUAGCAUGUUUCCUUGUAAUUACAUAGUUUAUCUAAUUCGGACGCUCGUGCCGGCUGAAUCACGCAGUUUGGGAAUUUGUAGUCGCGUGUACAAAAGUGUAAAUAUUGUGAAUCGAUUGGAAACAAUCGAAAUUGUAUCGCGUGAUUCACGGUGUGGCGGCGUCCAGUAGCCUAUUAUUUCGUCGACAGCGCGUCGAUCAUCUCAGGAAUUUUAUUUCCAAAUACUAUAACAAACGAAUCCAUUAAUUCUAGACCUUAGACAGUUUGUUUUUCCUCGAUUUUUCUUGGUGGAAUUGUCUCCACAAUCAAAUAAUUUCCAAUUAUUUCAUCUACACAGAAAACAUAAACUCAUCGUACGUUUAUCAGCCUCUCACGUGUUAUAAAUAAAAAGAAUGUUAUUGUAAAUUAUACUUAUAUAGAAAAGACACUGCCAAAAAGUAACAUAAUUAAGCGACUAGACGUUUAAGGAAUUAGUUAUUGUGAUAAACUUGUGUACAGUCGACUUUUUCUAUAAAAAAAAAAAACUAAAGAGUUUCGGCUCGAUUUUGCGACGAAGCGCAGCUGGUGUGAGAAAAAUGAUAAAGUUCUUUAUGAUUACAAUUAUAAAAAGCUGA